CACUGGUUUGUCCUCAAAAAGGACAUCCUUGUUCUUCUGGAUCAUAAUUUGAACAAGCAAGUGAGGCAAAAGAAGAUCUACAAGCAAGCUGCCACUACUAUAGCUAGCAACCAACUCGCACCCAAAUCUUCCCGUUACUGCUAUCCAGCUACUAGUAUCUUGACUGUUUCUUCCUCGUUUCUUUCCCGUUGGUGCUCUAGAUACACAUACCAUGCUCAAGGACAACAUCACUUUGGGUGCUGCAAGGAUGCGUUCACACAAGCGAGCUAAGAGUAUGCUCUGCGAUAUGAGUUUGCUGGACGUCUCUGAGGAGGCCACUGGUUGUAUCAAAAGUGGCCACAAAAGAUCCAAAAGUCAAUCCAUCCUCUCGUUUGAUCCGUCGUUUCCCUUACUUGUUCCCCUCACAGCCCCAGCAACCAUGGCAAGUACUUCAGCUUUGGUCACCCCGCCCCAAUCGCCCGCCAAGAGAGCCCGCACAAUGAGACCCGAUGAUGGCACCACUCGAGGAGUAGGAUGGCCUCACUUUUCUCCCCCUCCAGUGAUUGUCUCCCGACCCAUCCUUGUAUCUUUGACCACAACCAGUGGCGGGACGGAAUGUGUGCCCGAGCAUCUGUUGAUGCCAUCCCUCGAAGACCUGGAAGAUGAUGAGAAUGGGCACAACCCUUUCUUACUCCAAACCGAGCGUCGUGAGCCUUCUGCCUUUUCCCGCUUCCUCCAGUCUCCUCACACUGUCGAAGGCGAUGACACUGAGAAUGAUGUCGAAGUUGCUGCCUUGACUACCAGGGUUUCCAGCCGCGCUCCGCGACUUGCCCUUCGACCAUUGCAAAGGCACUCUGUUAUCUAGAUGAGCUAGCUACGCGGUUGACGGCCUUCAUCUAUCUUGAUUUGAUUCAUCAUUCCUUUUUGCAUACGAGCUUUCCACGGUUGCAACUUGCUUGCAACCUCGGCGAUACCUUUGCAUGUACAUGUACAUUUAUGGUGCAUUCCUAUCUAACGACCUAUGGGAAGAAGCUAACCUACAGCAUCAUUUCGAGUAGCUUCCCACUAGCCUUCAUAUGGAUAAUUUAAAAAUACAAUUGUAUUACGCUUU